AUGUGUAAAGACGACUGGACCCCAGGCAGACCAUUGGACACUCAAGCAAUUCAAAGCGUUACAAGAACACCAGCAAAUGGAAAUGGCUGGGCGCAACGAUUUAGCAUAAUGGAUGGAUAUUGGAUCGGCAAUUCUCUAGAACCUGUAGUGUUCUUCGUUAUGCGAACCUCAGUCUCUAAGAAGAAGAAGAAGAAGAAGAAGAAGAAGAAGAAGAAGAAGAAGAAGAAGAAUCUAGAGAAGGAUUUGUUGAUUCUGGAAGAGAGCCAACAGGCAGAGCUGAUUGAUGCACGAGUGCAGGAGAUUAACCCACUGAGGAAGCUAGUGAAAGUGAGAGUUGAGGAUCUGUUUAGCUGCCUGAGCAUUGCUAGGAUGGAACAGCCUAACACCUAUAUCUAUACAGUGGUGAAAGGAGAAGACAAAGAGGAGAGUAUGGGAGAGGAGAAUGAGCAGGAAGAGGAGGAGGAGGAAGAGGAGGAGGAGGAGGAAGAGGAGGAGGAGGAAGAGGAGGAGGAGGAUGGCAAUAAAGAGGAAGUGGAAGGCAAAGUGCAGUGGUGCUUCUUCAACCACCAGUGA